GAACCAAACAAAUCGCUGAGCUAUUUUUAUUUUCCUCGUUCAUCUUCUUCCUUUCGCCGAUUCAGGAACUCCAAAAACCCUAGAUCGAACGCUGCCACCACCGUUUAGCGAUUUUCGGUGGUGGAAUUUUCCGUUCUCUGUUGCUGAAAUUCGAAUACCUGGGAUUCGAAUCGCUCUGAUUUCGAUUGCAGUUUCUAGGAUUUUCUUGUUUCCAAUUUGGGUCGGAAAUGGGAAACAGAAAGGAAGAAGAGAAGAACGAGAAAAUUAUAAGGGGUCUCAUGAAACUUCCGCCAAAUCGAAGAUGUAUAAACUGUAACAGUGUGGGACCUCAAUAUGUAUGUACAAGUUUUUGGACCUUCAUUUGCAUUACAUGCAGCGGAAUACAUCGUGAGUUUACUCAUCGUGUGAAGUCUGUGUCAAUGUCAAAGUUCACUUCAGAAGAAGUUGAUGCUCUUCAAAAUGGUGGUAAUCAGCGUGCAAGGGAACUAUAUUUGAAAAAUUGGGACUUCCAAAGGCAGCGGUUGCCAGAUAGCAGCAAAGUUGAUAAAAUAAGGGAGUUUAUAAGGAAUGUAUAUGUGGAUAGAAAAUAUGCUGGUGCAAAGUCUUCCGAAAAGCCUCCAAGAGAUGCACAGAGCCCUAGAAUUCAUGAAGAAGAGAUAAGGCGAGCCAGUUCUUAUCAUUCAUAUUCUCAAAGUCCCCCAUAUGAUAACCAAUAUGAGGAUCGACGGUAUGGAAAACAAGCAGCUGCACUUACCAGGAAGCCUGGUUCAGAUAAAGUUCGCUAUGAAGGGAAGAUGUCUAGUAUUAUCUGUAGUCCUGGUCGCUUCAGCGAUCAUUCAUAUGAUGAACGAUUUGCAAAUGAGGGAUCUGAGCAAUUUAAAUCCAAUGUUCAGUCUCCUAAGCUUCAGAAGGACAUUGGGUUUAGCAGUCCAUCCUAUCAGCGUUCUGGUUCCAGUUCAAGUGAAGAUGUAUGGUCUCAAGCAAGAAAUACAUCUCAGGAAACUAAUGGCAAUGCCAAGAAAGAUGCAGAUGGAAUUCAUCCUCCACAGAAAACAUCAUUGCAUUCUACAGACAGCAACUUUUCAUCCUUAAGAUCCUACAGUUCUGGUGGUUUAGUUGAUUUUUUCUCAGAACCUGUCCAAGCUUCAGGAUCCCUUCAGAAUAAAGCGUUAGGCAUUCCACGACCAUCUGGUCCUACAAGAUCCGUUAGCAUGGACCUUUCCAAGCCACCAAUGGCAUCAGCUUCACCUAUUGAUCUUUUUCAUUUACCAGCAGCACCAUCUCAAUCUCCGUCGGUGGAUCUGUUUCAAUCAUCUGUUUUAUCUGCAACUCCAUCUUUUAGUGAGAAUCAACUUGUGCAAACAUCCCCAACCACAUCUAUUGACUUCUCUGUGGAUCUUUCUCUGCUGCCUUCUAGUGCAACCUCAGAUGAGAAGUCACUGGAGUUAUCUGUCCCUAAAAAUGAAGGAUGGGCAACAUUUGAUAUGCCUCAGUGCACAUCAUCUACUGCACAAGUGGAAAUUCCAGCUGCAGUACCUUCAAGUGCUGAAUCUCUGCAGGAAAGAUUUGUUCCUUUUUCAACCUUAAAUGCAAGCAUGCAAUGGCCAUCUUUUGAAAGUUCUAGUGUCGGUGUACCUUCUUCAGUUUCAUCUAAUUUAUGGCAUGAUGGUGUGUGGAAUGGAGAAGAUCAAGUUUCUGUUAUGGCAACAAACACUCAACCAUGGAAUGCAUUUGAAGAUUCUGGUGCCCAUCUUCCUGUGGAUGCCCUUGGUCAAGGGUUACAGUUGAACAAUUUUCCAUCAGCUUCUGAGGGAUCCAAUAAAGUUGGAGUGCAAGGCAUGGCCCCUAUUAGUGGAUUUGAUAGUCACGACAUCGCAUCACAUAUCAGUGGCUCACUGUAUCCUCCACCCAUGCUUACUCAAAUGGGAGAUAAUCAACCCAAUGGAAUCAAUUAUAAAUCAACAAAUCCAUUUGAUUAUCCAUAUGAUUCUGAUGUAGAUCGCAAUGAUAUGUUCCUUGAUAUGAGCUCUUUGCAAGCUGCUCUGCCAGAUGCCCUAUUGCCAGCCACCUUCCAUAGUGGUAUAGCUGAACCCUGGGUCCCUCAAAAUACGGUGUCCCCCUAUAUUUCCUCUGCAGGAGAAGGUGGUUUGUCAUUCAUGGCUGUGCAAUCACCAAGUUCUCAAAUACAGAACAUCCAGACACAGGAACCAGUUGCUUCGUUUGGUGGAAAUCCUUUUGCAUAGGAUUAUGAUGUAGAAUGUAGUGUUGCUUUGAUAUAGAAAUUUAUGUGUAGCCAGUGUAGUUAUUCAUGGAAGUAAUUUUAGUGCUUUGUUACGACAAAAUGUAGUUCAUUAUUUCCACUCGAGGAAGGCUUUGCAAUUCACAGUUCCUGCAAUAUUCAGGCCAUGCAUUUGUUAUACUGUAAUUGAAUUACAUUAUGAUUAGAAUUCUUGAUGCAGGUAUUGAACUUCAUCAAUUUGGGUUUAUUAGAUUGAGACUAUUGAGGGUAUUCCACUUUGUUCAUGAUUGUAAUUUUACGAGAGCAUUUGUUGUUCAUGCCUAUUGAAUAAUGUAUAAUUCUGACUAUAUUAUUAUUAUUCUUUUUAAGUGCUGGAUUUGUUGAUCAACUUCAGGUUGAUUUAGGGACAUUUGAAAAUAAAACAGCGCUGUUAGCGUUGUUUACUAAUUUUAGUGUUACAUCUUAAUUUC